AUGUCACACAGGUUAAAGUUACAGUCCUAUCAGAACCCCACCAGGCCUGACGUCUUGGAGGGUGGUCUGAGUGGUCAGGAGAGGACACUGGCUGUGCUGCUGGAACAGGCCUUCAGGAUCAAACAGGAGGUGGCAGCAGGUCUGCAGUCAGCUCAGGGCUCCGUCCAGGUCGAGGCACUGUCCCGCAGGCUGCUGGAGAACCACAUAAUGACCAUCACACGCAUUGUCAAGCAGCUUAGCGUGGACUUAGAGGCCCUGGAGAGACAGAUCACCCAGCGAGACUCCAUCGCCUCUGGAACCACAAUGGCUGUUCAGAGCCUGGACCAGAAGAACGUGGCUGGCAUUGGAGACCUGAGAGGCAGAGUAGCCAGGUGUGAUGCCAGCAUCGCCAAGCUGAGCAUUGACAUGAGCUCUGGGGAGCGACGGGUGAUCAGACUGCAGCAGGAGGUGGCAGAGCUCAGGUCAGCCGUGGACGUACGGCUCAAAGAGCUGGAAGUCAAGCUUUAUCACGACCUGUGGAAGCUGGAGGCCUUAUUGUCGGAGCAUUCCCAGGGACAAAAGAUCUCUAUGGCUGAUCUCCAUACACAAGUUAAACUACUAGAAGCCAGGAUGUCAGGUGAACUGAAGGAAGUCAAGGAGCAGACAGAUUCGCUGAGGAAGCAGACAGAACAGCAGCUCAACAGCUUGAACCAGACUCAUACGGAAAGCAGCCAGCAGCUCCGCACACAACUGCAGGACGAAAUGUUAGAGGCAGAGUCUAGAUUAGCUGUCCGGCUACGAGCUCUGGAUGCCCGUGUGGAGCAGUUUGAGGCCCAGCGGGAUCAGACCGCCUGCAUUCAGGCAGAUCAGCUGAAGCGCUCUGAAUCUAAACUCGUCAAAAGAGUGACCUCAGUGGAGAGCAGCCUUCGUCAUGAGCUGCAGCUGCUCAAACAGGAAUACCACAAAGGGUUCCUGUCUGUGCAUGAUGCAAUUGCGUCCCUGAGGCAGAUAGGUGACAUCAAAUCCCGCCUCGACAAGGAGAAGCUUCAGAAGGAUAUCAGGCACGUCUGCAGCAAGAUGGCUCAAUGA